AUGGAAGUCAAGUUUUUCGAGUCGAACAUGAGGCGUCUUAAGCCUCCACCGAGUACAUUAGGUGCCGCAACUUUACCAUUACACUACGCGAAUUUGAUAAUCAUAAUGGAGAAGAUGAUCAAGUCGCCACAAUCCGUCAGCGUCGAUGCCCGAGACGAUCUUUAUUCCAUGCUUCCAAGCAGUCUCAGAUCAUCUCUAAGGGGAAGACUAAAAGGAGUUGAGUUGUCGGCGAGUGAUCCAGUGCUCACCGGAGAAUGGAGAACAGCUUUGAGAAGCAUCUUGGAUUGGCUAUCGCCAUUGGCACACAACAUGAUCAAAUGGCAAAAUGAAAGGAGCUUCGAGCACCAGAAUUUGUUGCCUAAAACGAAUGUUCUUCUCUUGCAAACUCUCUUCUUUGCAAACAAAGAAAACACUGAAGUUGACAUUACUGAGCUGCUAGUGGAUUUGAAUUACAUUUGGAGAUUCGAAAGGGAAAUGACAGCAAAGGUCUUAUUCGAUUGCAGCAACUUUAAUUAG